CUAAUACAAGUGAUGGACCAGAUAGGGGAGGAGCAUUUCCCAUGGACGGGGAAGGAUAAAGUUGAAGAAUCUCGUGCUAGAGCCACUGGACUUUAUGGAGAGAUGUUGGAUUUGUUUAUCGGGAAAUAUACCAUGGGCAUCUAUGAAAGAGAUGUACUAAUCAAGAAAAGGGUACAAUUGAAGAGGGAGACAUUUGAGUUACUUUCUGAGUUCUUCCAUCCUAAUGCUGUUCGCAUUCUGGACUUUGUUGAUGAAGACAAAAACCGUGGCAGUUUUGUUGUUUCCAACGUUGAUGCUUCAUUCUUAGCUUGGUUGAAAGCAGAAGGCAAACAAAAACAACUUAUGUUUGAUAAAAAUGGAAAGAUGAAAAUUUUGUUUAGGGACACGAUUAUGUAG